AUGCGUCCGGCGUGUCUGCGCACCGCCGUGUUGCCUUCCAUAUGUCGUCGUUCCUCCGUGCGACUUUUGACGCGCUGGAUUAGCGCAUUGUGCCUGUUGGUGUCGUGUGUAAGCGCGGCAUACGUGCGACAAUGCGGGCGCUCCUGCUUCCUAGGCACGUGCGGCCCGCAUGAUCGCCGCCACGCAGUUCGCGAGGUUGCUGAGCCUUGCUCCCCGCCUUCCGUGCAGUUGAACGGCUCCAACCGCCGCGUACUUUCUCCAGGGUUGCAUCUGGUAUCGGCCUUGUCUAAACUCUGCGUUCCGUUUAGUAGGCAUAGAUUCGGCCUUUAUGGUGAUACCAUUGAGUGGGGAAAUACGGAAACAGGCGAUGGGUUGUUCAAAAGAUUGGUUUCCGACGCUAAAGAUACCGCUUCGACAAAGAAGCCCCGAGGAUUACCGUCUUCAGUGUUGAGUGAGCUUUGGGAGAAGUUUAAAGAUCGUUUUCCGGCCAUUCCGACCGAUUAUGAUUUCCAUGAGCGUAUUUCUCGUGCCAAGGUAACAAGGAUUAACGUGCAUGGUUGCGAGAUUGAGGUGCGCCAAUGUGGCGUAGGUCUGCCGUGGUUCAUUGAUGAAGCCAACCGUAUUAAGUUAAUCAGUUGUUUUGAACCGGGAUCCAUAGAAGAAGCUUCUUUGUUAGACAAUUCAAUUCACCAUCGCAUUCCAUUCCUCGAGAAUAGCACCAGCUGGUUAGCGUUACCUGGCACACUGGCGUCCUAUUUACCGAAUGUACGAGUAGUUGAGCACCGGAGCGACAUAGAUGGGUACGAGCACGUCACCGUGCUGCACGAUUCUGAGCGUAAUUACACGUGGGCAUACGAGAAAUCUACGCGCAAGCGAGCGUCAUCUUUUGAUGGCAAGGGCCCUUUGGAGUUAUACGAAUUGACUGCUUCGGGCAUCAGACCUAUCCGCACCGAAUAUGGGUCUAAGUACAAACCGUUCGUCCCCGUUGAUUUCUUCAACGUUCCCCAGAAUGUUACUCACUUCUUUCCGCGUAAACCGUUAGAUACGGGCGUAUUUCGCUUGCCCAAGCUGGAUGAUGUGUUGAAUAUAAAAAUGCGUAACAUGGACCGUGACUAUGCCCUUGCGUCGUCCAAAUCUAAAGCUCCUUUCGGUUACUUGCAAACGUACCAAAACUUUUGGAAGACAGUUGCAACACGUGAGCACAAGUCUGGUGCUAUUGUACGCUAUCGUCGACUUGGUAAAGAAGAUUUGGUGGUUUCUGAUAUUUGUUUGGGCACAAUGACGUUUGGAAACACCGUAGAUGAGGCGUCUGCUGCGCGUCUGCUGGACUUCGCGUUUGACGAAUUUGGAAUCAAUUUCAUCGUUAGUUUUCAAGCGUCGAUGCGCAUUUGGAUGCAGGACACAUCCGAAUUAUAUCCGUUGCCUGCGUCAGAAGAUAGUCACGGCACGUGCGAGUCGUUAUUAGGCAGGUGGAUUUCGCGCCGUGGGUCUUUGGAGAGAUCAAAGAUGGUGGUUGCCACGAAGAUCGCUAGUCGCAGUCCUCAUUUGUCGUGGCUGCGUCCCAGUGUCUGCGAACUUUCUAAAUCGAACAUAAUAAAGGCCGUUGAUGGCUGUUUGUCGCGUCUGAAGACAGACUACAUCGACCUCCUCCAGCUGCAUUGGCCGGACCGCUACGUACCGAUGCAUGAGAGUGGCGAUUUCAGCGACAUUCUAUUCGAUGCCGAGCGCAUGGAGAGCAGUGAUUUCGUUCCGAUGGAGGAGCAAGUGGACGCAAUUCGAACACUGAUUUCUCAGGGGAAGAUUCGUCAUUGGGGCCUGUCGAACGAGACCCCCUGGGGAGUGCUGCGAUUCAAUCACCUGGCUAAAGAGGCAGGUAUUGAGGGCCCCGUUUCUGUGCAGUUGAACUACAACCUGCUUUGCCGCAACGAUGUUGAGAAGGGAUUUGUCGAGCUAUGUCGUCCGCAUAACACAGGCAUUGGCAUCCUGGCGUAUGGUCCCCUUGCCGGUGGUGUAUUGACCGGUAAAUAUUUGGAAUAUGUGGAUGCCACUACGUCCGGCCGCUUGCUUCGUUUCCCAUCCUACAUGAAACGUUAUCGCGGUUCCCUGGCUGCACGUGCUGUGAAGGACUAUUACGACAUAGCGAUGUCGUACAAGUACCCCAAUUUGAGCGCCCUUUCUAUGCGCUGGGUGUUGACACGUCCGUUCGUAUGCAGCACGAUUAUUGGCGUGAACGACAUGUAUCAGCUACGGGAGAAUCUGCACUGCUUGAAUCCCUGCCUCGGGGUGACCGAUCUCAUGGAGCGCGAGAUCAAUCAGUUGCACUGGAAAUGGCGCGAUCCACUUCGCAUUUGCCAAUAA